AAUGGUCAAAUUUUUGACCGUUGCCCCCCCAACGGUAAAAAAAAAAACUAUAAAACCCCCCACCUUUUUUUUCACAAACAAAUCCUAUCUCAAUUUCCUUCCAAAAUCCUAUCUCAAUUUCCUUCCAAAAUCCUCUUAAACUCUCAAUUUCCUUCCAAAAUCCUCUCAAUUUCAUUCCAAAAAUCUCUCAAAUCCAUAUUAAAUUUCAAUUUCCGCUCAAGUUCAUUUUUUUUAAAUAAUUUCAAAUUUUUUUAUAUUUUUUUAAAAUAAUUUUAAUUUUUUUUAUAUUUUCAUCAAUGGCCGGAUCAUUGAUUCGUCUUGAUAGGAAUCACAUAUCGGUGGAGCAAAUGAAAAUGGUAAGUAUUAAAUUUAAAUUUUAAAUAUUAUUUAAGAUAUUUUUAUUUAUGUAUUUUUAGAAAAUUAUUAAUUUAUUAUUUGUUAUAAAAGUUUGAAGAUCGGGUAUUGUAAUACACUAUCCGAAAUAUGCAUGGUCCUCCAUCACCAUUAGUAGAUAACUACCUGCGGGAAGCGGGUUUUUGGCACGUGGCGACGGUAGGCCGGGAUGCAAGUUGGAGCCGAAACUGAUCAGUGCGUUGAUCGAGAGGUGGAGACCCGAGACGCACACAUUUCAUCUUCCAUGUGGUGAGUGCACUAUCACUCUAGAAGAUGUCCAUCUGCAAUUGGGAUUGCCGGUGGACGGACACCCAGUCACCGGGUCUGCCCAAUCUAGCAAUUGGGAGGCGGUGUGCUACGAGCUUUUGGGCGCUGUUCCGGAUAAAAUGGAUGGAGGUAAGGUGGAGAUGGGGUGGUUACGUGCCACCUUCCCCAAUCCGAAUGCAAAUUCAACCGAAAUUGAAAGAAUCCGAUAUGCUCGAUCAUACAUUCUUCAAAUAAUUAGAGGUUAUCUGAUGCCCGACACGUCACGGAGCCGUGUACAUCUAAGGUGGCUGCUAAAACUCGUUGAUUUUAGAGGAGCCGGUGAAUUUAGUUGGGGGUCUGCCGUCUUGGCAACAUUAUAUCGGGAGAUGUGCGGGGCGACGCGAUCGAGGAGAGCAAACAUUGGAGGUUGCCUGUCACUACUGCAAUCAUGGGCACGGUUUCACUUUCCAUUUCUAUGUCCUCGAGUGAACCGCCCACAUACAUUCCCACUCGUAACGAGUGGAACCAUCUGACAAGUUAUCGCGAAUUACCGUCUGAACUUAAAGAUAUAUGGCUUCUAUUGGAGCAACGGUCGGAAGCAGAAUUUCAAUGGACACCAUACGAGGAUCCGGCAAUCUGGGCAGUAAUCCCGGAAGAGUUUUUACAAAAUCCAAACGCUUGGCACGCGAAAGUGGUGUUAAUCAACUAUGCAACCGUGGAGCCCCACCAGACAGACAGAGUCCUACGAUAGUUUGGAUGUAAACAACCGAUUCCUGCGAACCCUGAGGUGUUUGACGAUCACCACAAAAUCGACCUUCGGCUAUUAGGUACGGAUUGGCCUAGAUACUGGUCAAAGUACACGGAAAUAUGGGAAAAUCGGCAUGAAUAUCUACCUACUCGGGAAGAAAUCAUCGUUUUGGAGUUAGCGUGCAUUCCAGAAUACAUGCCAUGGUUUAGGAUCUAUGGGAAGCCGUAUUUACUUACGCCAGAGGAGAUGCAACGACAAUUACGUCUCGGAAGGGGAAGGCGCGGGCCUCUAAAUCUAAGACGAGAAGACUUCAAAGAUAGCCCAUCAACGAGGCCCAGACAGUCACCCGACGCAUCAUCAGCGGGCAUGCAAUCACCGGCCUCGUCGAGAGCACCGACGCAGUCACCUGACGCAGCAAUUCAACAAAUGAUACCGAUGCAAUCGCCUUUCCCGUACAUGUAUCCUUUUCUGAAUCCUAUGUCAGGUUGGAGCCAAAUGCCCGAAUCAGCUCCAUUUCUUAUUAUGCCGAGCGGACCACCGAUAACUAAGGCAGCGGCGCAGGAGGGGUCUCAAGGGGGGCCGUCCAAGAGCUCUCCUUUUUACCAAUCGCCAGCAACGCAUGGCUUUCAAACACCGUCACCGUUCAUGAUGCAAACACCUCCACAUACACUAUUCUUUGAAGGUGGAUCAUCGUCCCAAGUCCGACAACCAGACGCCGAACCGGAAGAACAACAAUCACCACCGGUUUAGAAAAUAAUCCCACCUCUGCACCAUCUGGCCCGGGCUCUCGAGGUGGAUCCACAUCGGAGUCAUAUUCUAACCCACAAUCAUCUGCAGCGUACGACGUCCCCUCACCGGUUGAUGUCGUAGGUAGUACGUCAUCCCUUCUUCUUGGCAUUUGAUAACGUCCCCAAUUGGAUGUAGAUUGUCAUCCACUAGAACUUGAUGCAGUUCCCCAGUACGUAUUUCCAGCGUCAAACGUCGAGCCACCGAUGUAUAUGUCCCAUCCACCGAUAGAGUACCUUACGGGGGAUGUGCAUUCGACACCGCUAUCGAACAUGGGCUGUUCCGUAUUUUGUAAAUCGCUAACCGACUGUCGGCCAGAGGUCGUGUAUACAUCUCGAACACCAGACGGAAGUACAUCAGUUGGCGACAUAAAUUGUACAUAUAACUCAAUAUAAGUUGCUCCGCUAGCAAGAUGAGUCUGCACCAUUGCCUCCAAGCUACGAGCACCUUUUAUGUCGAACGAGUCAUAUGUCACCGGAUGAAUACAAGAACAAAAUCGAUACGUGAUUGACAGAA